AACUGAUCAUCCAAACACAAAUUCAGUUAUAUAGUGAAAGAAAAAGAAAAAGAGAUAAUUAAGAUGAAUAUGGAGAUUGAGGAAGUGAGUUAUCAAGCAUUGCCUUUACUUUCAUUGAACCAUGUUUCUUUGUUGGUGAAAGAUGUGUGGAAUUCUGUGAGGUUCUAUGAAGAUGUCUUGGGCUUUUGUCUUAUCAAACGCCCUUCUUCUUUCAAUUUCCAUGGAGCCUGGCUGUACAAUUAUGGCAUUGGGAUUCACUUGCUUGAGAAUAAAGCCAUGGAGGACUUGGACGUUGAACCACGACCCAUUAAUCCAAAGGAUAACCACAUUUCCUUUCAGUGCACCGAUGUUAAUUUGGUGAAGAAGAGGUUAGAUGAGAUGGAAAUGAGGUAUGUGACUGCCGUGGUAGAAGAAGAAGGGAUCAAAGUGGAUCAAGUAUUUUUCCAUGAUCCAGAUGGAUAUAUGAUUGAAAUGUGUAAUUGUGACAACAUUCCAAUUGUGCCUAUUUCUUCCAGCUGUGCCCUUAAGCCAAAAUUUGGAACCUACAAUAAGAAGAUGAUGCCUAUUGCCACCCCAAAUUAUAGUUGUGGCUUUAUGGAGACUCUCAUGAUGGAGAAGUUAAGCAUGGACAUGCUCAACUUUUCCUUCUAAAAUAUUACUCUAUUUUAAUUUGAAUCUUUGAAUAUUGAAGGGGAAAAACUGGAGAUGUCAUUGUUUACAUUAUAAGGUUUGCUCAUUCUUACAUGCAAAAAGAUGUGUAUUUGCAUUUUCAAACUUAAUAGUUUGGAUAUAUGUGCAACUAUUAUGUCAUGAAUAAAGUAUAAGAAAGUUGUGUAAUUAUUGUUC